CUAAUACAAUAGUAAUAUCAUAUACAGUAUAAACAUUUUAUUUCCUUAUUAAUAAAUACAGUAUUUUAUUAGAUAUUUUAUAACUGUAUAAACGUCAGAUAAUGUCGAUAAACUCAUGUACUGAUGAUUAUCGGGUGCUAUCCAUUCAAAGUCAUGUGGUGUCGGGAUAUGUCGGCAAUAAAAGUGCAGUUUUCCCGUUGCAAGUAUUGGGCUUUGAAGUGGACGCCAUAAACUCCGUACAAUUCUCUACACAUACCGGUUAUGAGCACUGGAAGGGACAGGUGUUGGACUCAAGAGACUUGUUGACAGUGUUUGAUGGGUUAGUCAAAAAUGAUUUACACAAACAAUAUACACAUAUACUGACCGGUUAUGCAAAGAAUGAAUCGUUUCUUGAGUCGGUGCUUGAAGUGGUCAAUACUGUCAAACAGGCCAAUCCCGGUGCUAUAUAUCUAUGUGAUCCAGUUAUGGGAGAUAAUGGACAAAUGUAUGUGCCACAAGAGUUGCUACCCGUCUAUAAGGAUAAGAUCAUAUUGAUAGCCGAUAUACUGACUCCCAAUCAAUUUGAAGCCGAGUUAUUGACUGGUAUUAAGAUUAACAACGAUUCAGAUGCCAUCCAAGCUAUCGAUGCUCUUCACGACUUAGGCAUUCCUACGGUAGUCAUAUCCAGUAGUAAUUUGUCUCAAAAUAGUAGUCAUAUGGUAGCCAUUGGCAGCAGUCGGGCCAACGGCCAUAAAGAGAGAAUCAAACUGUCAUUUCCUAAAUUGAACGCUACUUUUACGGGAACGGGUGAUCUGUUUGCCGCUUUAUUCUUGGCCUGGUUUACAAAAACUAAUAAAGAUUUGAAGACUACCUGCGAGAAUGUCAUUUCCACAUUACAGGCUAUACUUAAGUCAACCUACGAUUAUGCUGUCCAACAGCCCGGCGGCGCUAAAUCAGUAAAGAAUACUGAACUCAGACUAAUUCAAAGUCGGGCACAACUCGAGAGUCCGCAAAACAACAUUAAAGCCAUUGAAUUGGUUUAAAAGGCAAUAAUAUAUUGACAAUUAAGACUAAGGUAAACAUUACCAGUACUACAAUAUGUGUCAAAAUGUUAUAAAU